AUGCCGCAAGUGGCGAAGGUGAUUCGCUUGCAGCUCGACCACCACGCCUUGGCAUGGCUGAGAUCGAGGGAGGAUAUCAAGGUUGUCCACUGGCUUCGAGACCCUCGCGGUAUAAUCAAUUCCAGAAUGCCCACGUCGUUGCUGAACGGCUUUCAGAUGGAUCCCUGGGCGCUAUGCAAUCAUAUUGGGCACGACAUACUCGCCAUCGACAGUCUUCCCCCCAAUCGAAGGCGGAGAGUGAGCUAUGAAGAAUUCAUGUCGAAUCCGAUCCAGGUCACGCGCGAUCUCUACCGUUUCCUGGGGAUUCCCUGGCCAUCAGACGGAGACAAACGAAUCUUGGCCUGCUGUGCAGAACCCUCAAGCCUGAAUCAUACCAAGAACACGAACGUAUCCACGAUCGACCCCUACCAUUGGAAACGGGAUCUGGGAGAGAAGGAGAUGAGCAUAAUCGAACGGGAUUGCGGGGCUGUGAUGGAUGCGCUCGGGUACCAGAGACUAGUGGUGACUGGGCCCCUGCGUGUGGAGGAAGUCGAGGAGGCAUUCAAGUUGGACCCCAAUGAAUUACCCACGAAUGUCUCGUAUUCGAUCGCGUAG